CGGGAGUCCGUAGUUGUGAGGUUGUUUGUGUUGCUUCGGAAGAGGGAAAAAAUCGACCUCGAAGUACUGUUUCCAUCUAAGGCUAAAUCUAGAAAUACUUAUUUUUUGCUGGAUAACCUAGAUUAUAACCGGAAAAAAAACAUUUUCCAUCACUUACAACUGCAGAGUCGCUAUAAGGGCCUGCCACGCUAGUCAUGUCCUCAGAGGCAUCGUCCCCAGUGCAGGCGGCCCCCCCCGCCACAUCGCCCACCUCCCCAGCCUCGCCAACAUCCCCCGGCUCCCUGGACCUGCCCUCGUGCCGGCAACGGGGGUGUGACCGCUCCCCCUCCCCCAUGCGGGACUACCUUAUCCCCAGCCCCCUCCCCACACGUCGCACACGCACCUGCUCGGCCACAGCGCGGGCCGCAGAGGGACCCAUGUUCACCGGCGUGUGCAAGUGCUUCUCGCGCUCCAAAGGACACGGCUUCAUCACGCCAGCCGACGGCGGCAGCGACAUCUUCGUGCACAUCUCAGACAUCGAGGGCGAGUACGUGCCAGUAGAGGGCGAUGAGGUCAGCUACAAGCUCUGCUCCAUCCCGCCCAAGCACCAGAAGGUCCAGGCCGUGGAGGUCACCAUCACUCACCUGGUCCCUGGCACCAAGCAUGAGACGUGGUCUGGCAUGGUGCUGAGCUCGUAAGGGAGUCGACGGGCAGAUACACGCCGGCUUUGGGUCAUUUGUGGUGCCUGCUGGUAGGGUCAGGUGGUGAAUAUCUUAUCUUCAAGAUGCCUUUUUUUGUAUAGGGGGGGUGUGUUGAUAACAGGGGCAAGAAUAUGUAUUACAAAGCAUUCCUAUCUAAUAAAGUCUUCACUUAAAGUAUUAAAAAAAUAUGCAUAUUA